GUCAGGAAUAAGCAGAUAAGGUUCCGGGUGGAAGGUCACGGCUGCCUUCUGUCUAGGUCAGGACUCUACAGAAUUGGCACGCUGCUGCUUGUGCAUGCGCCCUGUCUCCGGAUCCCUGCAGUGCUGGGCAGUGAUAGCGGCUGGCUGUGCGGUGCUGCUGUGUAUGACGCCCCUGUUCCUGAGGAUUGUGGGAUUGCGAUUUUUCUCGAUGGCUUCCGACGCGUACGCGACAGGAUCGCUCUCCGCAUCCUACGUCACCUGCCCUAACGACAAAGUGGCCAAAGACAUAGCCCGGGGUCUGGUGGAGCGGAAGUUGGCGGCCUGCGUGAACGUCAUACCGCAGAUAACAUCCAUAUAUGAGUGGAAAGGAAAAAUAGAAGAGGAUAGUGAGAUCUUGCUGAUGAUUAAAACCAGAACCUCCAAAGUUGCGGCUCUGACGGAGUACGUCAGAUCGGUUCAUCCGUACGAAGUCUGUGAGGUCAUCAGCCUCCCCAUCGAGCAGGGGAACCCCCCGUACCUGAAGUGGCUCGCAGAGACGGUUCCCGAGUGACGUCUGCCUGAUGCUGCCGUAAAGUAAAAUAAAUCUGUUUAUAAUCC